AAAAUAAAAUCCUCAUAUUUGGAGGAACCGGCAACUUAGGCACAUACAUGGUGAAGGCAAGCAUCAAGUUAGGGCAUCCAACUUUUGUUUUUGCUCGCCCUCUCACCCCACAAUCCACUAUCAACAAGAUCAACUUGCAUAAAGAGUUUCAGUCUUCUGGUGUUACCAUCAUCCAAGUAUGUAUGUAUGUAUGCGUGCAAGCAUAUUUGAUAAUCGUAAAUGUUUGAUGUAUGUACGAAAACAGGGGGAGUUGAAGGAACAUGAAAAGAUUGUGGCGAUACUUCGUCAAGUAGAUAUUGUGAUCUCAGUGUUACCAUUCCCUCAAGUACCUGAUCAGAUUCAUAUUAUUGAAGCCAUUAAGGUUGCAAGUAACAUAAAGAGGUUCCUUCCGUCGGAAUUUGGGGUCGAAGAAGACCGGCUGAGUUUUCUGCCACCGUUUGAAGCUUGUUUAGAGAAGAAGCGAAAGAUUAGAAGGGCAGUGGAAGCAAGUGGGAUACCUUACACGUAUGUAUCAGCAAAUUGUUUUGGUGCUUACUUUUUGAAUUACUUGCUUCGUCCACACGAACAACAUGAAGAUGUUACUAUCUAUGGAUCUGGUGAAGCCAAGGCUCCGUUUACUUAUGAAGAAGAUAUAGCAAACUACACCAUCAGAGUAGCAAAUGAUCCAAGAACAUGCAAUAAAAUGGUGAUUUAUAAGAUGCAGAAGAAUAUUUUGUCCCAGAUUGAAUUAAUUUCGUUGUGGGAGAAGAAAACAGGUAAAUAUUUCAAGAAGGUUCAUGUACCAGAGGAAGAACUUGUGAAACUGGCAGAGACCUUACCAUUUCCGGAUAAUGUACGAGCAUCGGUUCUUCACAGUCUAUUUGUAAAAGGUGAUCUUGUGAACUAUGAGCUUGGGGAGAAUGACCUUGAAGCUUCUAGUUUAUAUCCAGAUUAUAAGUAUACCACCGUCGAUCAACUUCUCGAUGUUUUCCUGGUUGAUCCACCUAAGCCUGCUCUCGCUACAUUUUGAAUCAGGCCUCCUGGUUGAUCCACCUGAGCCUGCUCUUGCUACAUUUUGAAUCAGACUUGAUUUUUAUCAUUUUCAUCACCUCCUUACCUGCUAAAACAUGUAUGUAUGCAUGCGUGCGCGUGUGUAUAUUUAUUUCCAAUGUCUACUAAGAAUAUAUCUGCAGAGGAAAGUCAUUCCCAUGUACGCCUUUUCUUAUUAAUCCACACCAGAGCAACCAUAUGAACAUGAA